GGAGAUAGGCGCAACCGCCGUCGGGGAACCAAAACCACCCAACAAACGAUUUCUACUUCUCUCUUCAGCCGAAAGCUAACUGGGAGCAAGGGAGAGAGAGAGAGAUGGAUCAGUCAUUCAUGCUUAUGCUCUCAAAUCUACUCCACCUCCAUAACCACCUCGAUCCCGCCACCUCCGUCCUCUCCGACGCCGCCUCCCCCUCCUCUCCGACCUCUCUCCUCACCUCCACCUCCGCCGCGCCUCUUCUCUUCUUCACCAUAGCUUCCGUUCUCUCCUACAUCGCCUCCCACCCGCCUAAGAAGAAGGCUAAAAUCCCUAAUUCCAAUAAUCCUUCGUCCCCUUCCGCCGCGGAAUUCUCCGUCGCGGCGUUCCGUGCCCUAUCGACGGAGCACAUAUGGGCCAUGGAAGCCCCUCUCCGUGACGCCCAGUGGCGAUCUCUCUAUGGUCUCUCUUACCCGGUGUUUACCACUGUUGUUGAUAAGCUCAAACCCUACAUCACUCAGUCCCAGCUCUCUCUCCCGUCUGAUUAUGCUGUGGCUAUGGUUCUUUCUAGGUUAUCCCAUGGCCUCUCCGCUAAAACCCUAGCUUCUCGUUACGGGCUCGAACCUUACCUAAUUUCCAAAAUUACUAAUAUGGUUACUCGCCUCUUGGCCACUAAGCUCUACCCUGAGUUCAUUAAGAUCCCUGUGAGUCGCCGAAGGUUGGUGGAGACCACUCAGGGGUUUCAAGAGCUCACCUUACUGCCUAACGUUUGUGGGGCCAUUGAUGGAACCCCCGUGAGACUCCAUCAUCUCCCCUCUGACACGAUUAACUCUUCCAUGUAUUACUGCCGCUAUGGGUUCCCUUCGAUUUUGCUUCAGGUUGUUGCUGAUCACAAGAAAAUCUUUUGGGAUGUUUGUGUGAAAUCUCCCGGCGGGUUUGAUGAUGCUACUCAUUUCAGGGAUAGCUUGUUGUAUAAUAGGUUGAUUUCGGGGGAUAUUGUUUGGGACAAGGUGAUCAAUGUGAGGGGACAGCAUGUUAGGCCUUACAUUGUUGGAGAUUGGGGCUUCCCGUUGCUGUCGUUUUUGCUCACUCCGUUUUCGUGGAACAGGACUGGAAGUCCUGCUCAGAAUGCGUUCGACGAAGCACUGAUGAAGGGUAGAAAGAUGGUUGAGGAAGCCAUUGGUUUGUUGAAGGGAAGGUGGAAGAUUCUUCAGAACUUGAAUGUGGGUCUAACUCAUGCGCCUCAAACAAUUGUUGCCUGCUGCGUUUUGCAUAACUUAUGCCAGAUUGCGAGGGAGCCUGAACCGGAGCUCUGGAAGGAACCAGACGAGAAUGGGUCAUCACCACGGGUGUUAGAGAACGAGAAGUCUUUCCAUUAUUAUGGCGAAAGCAUGAGGCAGGCAUUGGCUGAUGAGCUGUAUCAACAGCUCUCUUCCAGAUAGGAGGAUUUUAAACAAAGGGAGAAGGAGCAGGAUCAUCAGCCAUGCAAUUAUGUAAGUGUAGAUUCUCUUUGUAGUUUAAACUUAUUUGCCCUGUAGCUGAUAUUUGCCAUUUGAACAAAACUUCCAUGUAUUGCAUUCAAUUGUUUCGUCGAUUCUACAACGUAAACAUGAUGAUGAAACUAUUGUUUCCCACAGGAGAAGUUUUGUUGCUUCUUUCAUGUGCACUUUGGCUUAUCUCAUGUUGAAUAAUUUACUUGUUAUUAUGUAUGAAUCUUGCUAGCUGCUUUUCUCUUUAAAUGAGAAUACAUAACCCAAGUUUUAGAGGGA